AUGCUUGACAUUCGUUUCGUCAUCACUUUCGCUGCAGGUAUUCUGCUCCAUACUACAGUCUUCUCCAGACAUUUCGAAUGGGAUCGACACGCACCCAACAUCUUGACGUUCGCCUGUGCUACUUUCACAACUACGUUGGUAAUAAUCGCCAUCAGUGGGGAUGUCUCCAUCAAAUUGUCGGUCGCAUUUACCAGCGCGGUCGCUGCAUGCUUUCUCGGUGGCUUCCUCUGUUCUAUGAUCAUCUAUCGAUUGUUCUUACAUCCUGUCAAAUCAUUCCCUGGACCAACAGCUGCUCGCGUAACUAGUCUCUGGGUCAUCAAGCAAAACGUACCAGACCUGAAAUUGUACAUCAAGCUACGCAGUCUCCAUGACCAAUACGGAGACUUCGUGCGGAUACGACCACGCGAACUCUCAAUCUGCCAUCCCGAUGCCAUAAAGGACGUUCAUGGCCCCAGAAACAACAUCAAGAAAGGCGAAUUUUACGAUCAAACUUACCCAUCCCACACCUUGCAAUUCAUUCGAAACCCAGAUCUUCACAAACAGCAACGUCGGUAUUGGGACAAGGCUUUCCAUAGCACCGGCUAUACGCCACGUCUCACGAGGCACUAUCGCCUCAUGGUCGAUAUGCUUUCUCGUCAUGCGGCUUUCGGCACGCCGAUAGAUGCUAGUGGUGCUUUCUUAGACCUCUUCUUCGACGUCAUAUCAGAUCUAACGUUUGGUAAAUCGUUUGAGACGCAAACUAGGAAUCAGCGAGGCCCGAUCGUGACAGGAUUCCUCAGGAAGCAAAAAGCGGUUGGUUUCGCAUUGCUCAGUAUGCCACUGCUUCAUAUCGCCAGGAACCUACGCAUUUCACUGAAAAAGCAGAAGUCUUGGGAAGGCUGGUACGAUGAAGCUUUGCAAGCGCGCAGCAAGAUGCAUAUCCAUGAGCCGGACAUAUACACAUACUUAUCGCAAUCCGAUGGAUUUAAGAAUAACACGUUGAGUGAGGCGAAGUUGGCCAUCGUUGCUGGUGCUGAUACGAACGCCAUCACAAUGUCCAAUGUUUGCUAUCUGCUGUGUCAGCACCCUGGAUAUCAAGCAGAGCUUUACAAGGAGUUGUCAAAUUUGCGGAGCUUAGACGGAGUCAUCGAUGACCGCGACCUGUUAAACAAGCCUUAUCUGACUGGCAUUAUCAACGAAUCGUUGAGGUUGCAUCCGCCUGUACCCUCUGGCCUUCAGCGAGUGACGCCUGCAGAAGGUGCGAUUAUCGCAGGUCGUUACAUACCAGGCCACAUGAACGUAACGACACCAACGUACGCUCUGCAUCGAGAUCCACGCGCGUUUGUCCAGCCCAACGACUUUAUACCCGAACGCUGGUCCUCUCAGCCUAACCUCAUCCUUCGUAGAGACGCGUUCGUGCCCUUUGGAUUUGGAGGAUACAACUGCGCAGGGAAGCCAUUGGCCAUGAUGCAGCUUCGUAUGGUCGUUGCCAUGAUCUUUAGAAGAUUCACGGUGUCGUCCGCAACUAAUAAGGAGGGCUCAUGCCAGUACUUCAUUGACCAUCAAGCCGACUGUUUCACGCUACACCUCGAACCGCUUCCUCUACUUUUCAGAGAAAGACAUGCCAUCUCAAAGGUACAGAAUCAGCCCAGCCCAUAA